CAAUGGAAGAGUCUGAUGAGUCGGUGAUACAGCAGCAGCCGCAGCCGCAGCCGCAAGCAUCGAAAACGAAGGAAGAAAUUCUUGAAGCACGUCGUGAAGCACGGCGUAAGAAAAUUUUGGAAAAUUCCACCAACCGACUGUCGAAAAUCGUUGGCCAAGAAGUAUCGCCCCCACCGACACCGUCCGAUGCGGGGGAAGACGAAAGCAUUACCAGCGCGGACAAUUUAAGUAACGAAACAUUUCCCGCAAACGAUGAAACUACCUCGGAAUCUUCAUACAGUGUGUAUCCCGAUCCGCUGGACGAGCGUCUGGAGUACAUUAGUCCACAGGUCGAGGCACUGCUGGCAAACUCGGGCCUUAACGAGGAAUCGUUUUUAAAUGCGAUGACCGGUGGCGGUGGUACGAGCCAGAACGGUGACAUUUUCCACCUGCUUAACACACUCAACCAAGCACAAACAAAUGGUGGAUUUUUGGGUGGGAGUAUGGGAAGUGCCACCGGAUCGCAACGAUCAUCUGCACCCAACCGAACUACCACCUCCGCGGUGCAAAACAAUUCCUGGUACGCUAAAGCUUUCCGUAGCAAAAUUCAUCUAGUAGUUGCAUCGAUCGUAGCCUACUUGCUCUUCGCGACCGGUAACGAAUCGUUUAUCGGUGGUAACGUGUUUCUACCGCUGCUUGCUUGGGAGCUGAUGGAACUGCUAACGAUUGGAAGCGUUGAACCGGCCGGUGGUCAGAAGCUACUCGGUAUCGUGUUCAUGCUCGGUGGCAUUCCGAUGAAAACUUCUCAAACCAUCAUGAAGCUGAUGAACACGGUCAACAAGGUGCUGAAAGAUGUGGCGUUCUUUAUGUUUUUCUUUGUCCUAACGCACCUGCUGUGGAGCAGAUUCUGGUUAGGGAUCGAGCUACAGUAUGUGCUAGGUUACGAUCAGCUUACACCACCGUCGUAGUGUUCGUUCCGGA